AUGUUGCGCACAGUGGGCAGGCAUGCGUUCAGGCCGCACCCCUCCCUAGUGCGCCUCUACACAAUCCCUUCCACCGACCACAACCGCAUCCCCCUGCCCUCUGCAGCAACACCCACACCUCCUGCCCCGAAGAAGCCCAAGGUCAACCUCCAUCCUGCGCCCAUAAAACCAAAGCCUGCCCCGCAACCUUCCCUCCUGAAGGCCCAUCGCCCACUUGUCGUCCCGCUACCGCCUGCCCCCAAGCUUGAAACAGCGAAGCAGGCUGCCCAGCAUGACAUUCACGACGCUGAAGCACACGGCAUUCUCACUCCACCUCCUAAGGACGCCAAUUGGUUCAAACGCACCAUUCACCAGGCCGUCCAGCUUCUGAAAUUCUACUACCGCGGUGUCAAACUCAUAUUCAGCCGACGGAGAGAAAUUGCUGCAAUCAAGGCCCGCAUAGCAGCUGGCGGUCCACCUCUCACAAGAUCGGAAUUCCGUCUUUUUGAGACCCAGAAGGAUGACAUUGCCAAAGUCGUCCCCUUCCUUGUCAUUGCACUCCUCCUUGAGGAAGUCAUUCCCCUCAUUGCCAUCUACGCUCCCUUCAUGCUGCCUUCUACGUGCAUCCUUCCUUCCCAACGCUUACGCAUAGAAGCCAAACGAGCCGAGAAAGCUCAAGCAUUCUCCUCUCAAUACUAUGGCCUCAUUUCCGAGCUCCGACGGAGAGAGCAACCCGCUGGAUUCAUUCCUUUGCGCGCCCUUCAUGCGAGCGGCGCCCCAACAGCCAUUUGCGGCCUUCUUGGACUUUCCACCAUCGGCUUCGAUGCCCUACGGAUACGACGUAUUCGCCGCCACCUGGAAUUUGUCACGAGGGACGACCAGCUCUUGUUGCAGGACAAUGCAAGUCACAGCCUGUCAAAUCGGCAGCUGACUGAGGCUCUGCAAGAGCGCGGCAUCAUAUCACGAGGUAUUACACACAGCGACCUGGAAGCCCGCCUUUCGUGGUGGCUAGAUGCCGUCAAGAACUCGAGCGUAGAGAUCAGUGACGAAGCCCUUGCCCGCCGUCUCGCCCUCGUCCUCUCUUCACGUUACACUUAG